ACGAAAGUCGCGGCGUAGUCGUCGCUUUCGGAUCGAUAAAGUCACGUGACUCUCCAAUCAUUCGCCAUCUUAUUCUGCAUUUGAAGUUAACUAUCAUUCCGGGGUUCAUCAUUAACUCUUAGACGUUUUAGAUCAUAUAAAGCAGAAGAUGUCCGCAUCAUACGAAACUUCACCUGUAUACGGACCAUUUUUCGGUGUGAUGGGAGCAUCCGCAGCCAUGAUAUUUAGCGUUUCUAUUUAUAGAGGUUUUCUCCAACUUGGUGCAGGACUCAGUGUAGGAUUAAGUGGAUUAGCUGCCGGAUUUGCCAUUGGAAUUGUCGGCGAUGCCGGUGUUCGCGGCACUGCACAGCAACCUCGGUUGUUCGUCGGAAUGAUUCUAAUCCUGAUCUUUGCUGAAGUAUUGGGUCUGUAUGGGUUGAUCGUUGCCCUAAUCCUCACUACCAGAGGCUGAACAUUAAGCAAGCUGAUAGAUGUUAAUAAUUUUGUUGAGGCUAUUUUGUGCACAUUUUCCUGUUUUAUUCAUUGUUGUAAUAAACUUAACACUCGAAAAAAGGUUGGUUCAAUAUGUAUUUCGGGCAUAGAAAGGUGCAGAUUACAACAGUACCAUUAUCUGCAAUUUAUACGUCAGGUAAAACUGUUUUAAUUUUUUUUUUUUUUUUUUUUUUUUUUAUUUUGCAGAAUUUGAUGUACAGGAGAUUUUAUUUUUCAAGCAAUAUGUAUAUUCACAUAUAAUCAUCAUUUUUAAUCAUUUUUUGAAGUGUUUCAAAUUCAAAUAUAAAGGAAAAAAAAAUAUAUGGAUGGAAACCCAGAAUCUCAGAUUUGUAUCGAGUAGUAUAUAUAUAUAAAAAAUGAAAAAAAAAGAAAAAAUUUCCAAUACUUAAAAGGAUUUUUGGUAUGUCCGUGGCUUUAGGUCAUUCUAAUCGGAUAGGAUAUACCACAUUCCAUGAUUAUAUCCAAAGUUGUGAAACUUUCACAUGCACUUGUCUUUCCAGAUACUUUUCUUACAAUUUUCCUGAUUGAUUUUUCUUUUUAAUUUCAUGUAAGAAUGUGUUUCUGGCAAUGUGCAAUAGAUAAAAAGAAUACAUGUAGAUAACAUUUAGUGAACUAUUUGUACAGUAUUCUGUGAAUUUGAAGCAUGUGUAGUUUGUAAUAUUUCAUAUUUAGGUCGUCAUCACCCGUACCGGAAUCUGGUCGGCGGUCUUUAAAUGUGCAGAUUAGUUUUAUGGUCUCAAUCAGAUUCAUUAACAUGAAAAAUUCUGUAAUUGGUAUAUGUAUUUCUGCAAGAAAACAGGCAUAUUUAAUCUGUAAGCUAUUACUUUUUUGUCUGUGCAGAAGGGAGGGAAAAAAAAUCCAGAUUAACUAUACCUGUAUCUCAUAUCAGCUAUAGUUGCAAAUUAAUGUACUUGAAACAAUUAAGUUAUUAAAUGUUUAAAAUUUCA